GGGGGGGGAAGAGAGGAAAAGAAGGAGCGCGCGAGAGCUCGAGCCUGACUGAGUCCCUCAGUCAGAAAGCCGGGUCGGAAGAGUCGGAGCCAAGAAGAAAAGAGGUGUGAAUUGUAUAGUUGUAUGUGCGGUAACAACAUGUCUGUCCCCCUCCUUGCUGAUGCUGUGACCGUUUCAGGGACAGAGCGGGAGACUGCAGCGGUCAUUUUUUUGCACGGGCUUGGUGACACAGGGCACAGCUGGGCUGAUGCUCUGUCUUCUAUCCGGCUCCCUUACGUGAAAUACAUCUGCCCUCAUGCACCCAGGAUCCCUGUCACUCUCAACAUGAAGAUGGUUAUGCCCUCCUGGUUUGAUUUAAUGGGGCUAAGUCCGGAUGCACCAGAAGAUGAAAGUGGCAUUAAAAAAGCUGCUGAGAACAUUAAAGCUGUAAUUGACCAUGAAGUAAAAAAUGGGAUCCCAGCCAACCGAAUCAUCUUGGCAGGCUUUUCACAGGGGGGCGCCCUCUCCCUCUACACAGCGCUCACUUGCUCUCACCAGUUGGCUGGCAUUGUGGCCCUCAGCUGUUGGCUCCCCCUGCACAGGACCUUCCCUCAAGCAGCAAGUAAUGGUGUGAACAAAGAUAUCGCCAUUCUCCAGUGCCAUGGCGAGAUGGACCCAAUGAUCCCAGUGCGCUUUGGAGCUCUCACUGCAGAGAAGCUGAAGGGGGUUGUGAAUCCUAGUAGAAUCCAGUUCAGAACCUACCCAAGAAUGAUGCACAACUCUUGCCCUCAGGAGAUGAUGGCCGUGAAAGACUUCAUUGAGAAGCUGUUGCCCAGGAUUUAAGCCGAGCUAGUCAAGACUGUUUCAGGGAGAGGAGACAGAGGUCACCAGCUUUGAUCUUGAACCCUUGACCUGUUGGCUGCAAUUGGAAGCCAUGGCAAUCCACCUCCUCACCAGUCACUCGUCUCCUUUCUUGGGCCUCCCCCUCCUGCCUGUGCUGUCCCCCCUCCUGUGCAAAGGGAGGGGAGAGGGCCCUUCUCUCUCACAUGGCGGGUGAAGGUACCAAGUGGUUUUAAGGUACAGCUGAGAUCCUAAUCUUGCAGAUUAUUAUUUCAGUCGCCUUUCAGUAUUUCCCUAUUCUCUCCUCUCUCCUAUUCUGUCUAUCCCUACUCCCCCCCCCCCCCCAACCCCCAAAACCAAAUCUAAACAUAAACUGCCUGCUGUGGCAAAGAACUGUGUGGUAGCCAGAGGCUUAAAGCAAAAGGUAUUAAGAGAUGGUAUUCUGGCUAUUACAGUACUUUCAAAGGAGUUUCACAGUUCAGUCUUCUGAACUGUCCAUCAAGCAUCCUUCCCCUCAUGAUUCUCAGCCCGUCCCACUUCAUAUUUCACUGGGACCAUUUUAGCGAUGCAGGCAGGCUCCACUUUCUCAGGCCUGCCUGGCAAGGCAGGAAAUCUGUUUCUGCUCUGCGCAGGCUAUCGGCUUGCCACGCUGUGUACCACACAUUCUCCUCCAAACUUCCCUCAGCAAAAAAAGGAAGAGUUGUGUUGCGUCGAAGGCCCACGGCCGGUUGGUCCCCCAGAGGCAGCUUGUAACACUGGCAGCUGCUCCACCAGUCCCUACCCUGAUUGGAGUGAUAAGGUGGUGGAGAGGACCCACUGCGCCAGGAAUCACUCCACUUUGUGUGUUAUGGACUGUUUUAUAUUGUGUUCUCUGAUCCACGCUACCUUUAUCCUGACCCCUGGGGUCCUUUUUGUUUUUGUUGGGAUCAAGAGAAGAUGGCGAUUCAGGGGAGCGGACUCAAGAUAGCUCUGGCCAGUAGGCCUCUCUAGGGUACGGUCUCUGACAAUUCCACUUAAAAGUCUGGGCAGUGCUCAGACAAUGGCUGCUCUAGCCUGCUAUGCCAGCUUGUGUUCCUGCCCAGUCACACCAAGCAAGUGCAAGCUGGGUUUUGGUGUGUGCCACGUUGCCAGAAUUGUGCUCCUGCCUCACCACCCCUCCUUUCCCGUGUGGUUCCCCGAGUCCAUCGUCUCUUGUUUCCCCCCUGAGAUCCGGCUUGUGCCUCAGAGCAGCGUGUGCUGUUGAACAGCAGCAGUGUUUCUUUCCCUUCUCUCCCUUGCUCCAGUGAGUCCUCCCUGUGGGCUUGUAGGACUUGCAGCCAGGGAUGAGAUGCAACUUCAAAAGGAACUCCCCCCCCCCCGCCCCCCCUUUCUUUGGUUUUGGCGAAGGGCUAGUCUUGUCUCGUGGGUCACCUCGCCACCUGUUCUGUGUGCGGACUUUGCGCCCUUCCUUCUCCCUGCCCUAUGCAGUCCUUUUCACUGGGCAACAGCAAUAAGAAGACACAGGACUAGGACAUGUCUCUCCUUUCCCCGCCUGACUUUGGGGAUGGGAUAGAGACAGGCUUACCCAACAAGCCAUUGAAGUUCCAUCGCAUUUUGGGGGAAGCUGAAUCAAGAUACUUGUGAAACCGCAGCUCCCUCUCAUGCCCCGUGCUUGGUAAUCCAACCAGCAUUGCCAAUGCCCUCUGCAAAAUUGGCUCCUGUUCUCAGAAGAUGGACUUGUGGAGAUGGCAUGAGUGUGGCUCUUGUGUG